GCAUGUUCAAUUUUGACAUCUUGCAGUUAUAUACAUUCUGGUCUCCUUAUGUAUGAGCCGAUGCAGUGGACACACCCGGAGCUGGAAAUCAACAACUCAAGAUGUUCUACGUUCUACUAGGCCCUCCAAGUCGGUGGGGUUGGUAUUCAACCUACAAGCUGGUCUCAUCGAGCGUGAAAUUACAUGCGGCAGCUUUUUCGGCACUGCACGCCACUGCAUGCCACUACAUGCCACGAUGGAAUGGCCUAGAGAGAAAUUACCACCUAGAAUAUUAUUGAGGUGGAGGGUUUGAUGGAUUGAGGUGCAUACUACAUCCCUUCUGACGCAAAAUAUUUGAAUCAGAUGUAAACCAAAAAGAAGUACAUGUCAGAGUUGAGGUUAG